AUGACUCAAAGUAAAGGAUCCAACCAGCUCAUUCAACAGUUGCUGAAGGCAGAAGAGGAAGCAGAUUUAGUGAUUAAAAAGGCAAAAGACGUGCGUGCAAAAAUGCUUAAGGAAGCCGAGGCAACUGCUACUGAGGAGUUGAAAAUUUUUCGGGCCAAGGAAAAGGAACGUCUAAAUAAAGGACAUAAGGAGAAAACAACCGCAGAAGACGAAGCCGUAACUCUAAUUGAACAGAACACAAAAGAAGAAAUUAAAAAAUAUAAAGAAUUGUUUAAAAAAAAUAAGGAACAAGUAGCUCAGUUUGUUUUUGAUAAAGUAUUUACAGUCGAUCUCACAAUUCCGGAUUGUACACAAAAAUCGAUUUAA